AACUACAACCAUACCAACUACAUCCAAAACAACAUCUAUAACUAAACCAACAACAACUACAGUCAAAUCAACUAUAACCACAACAAAACCAUCAACAGCAAUACCAACUACAACAGCAACUAAACUAACAACUCCAACCAAACCAACUACAACAAAACCAACAACAACUACAACAAAACCAAGAACAACUACAACAAAACCAUCUUCAACAAUACCAACUACAACAACAACUACAAUGAAACCACCAACAACUACAGUCAAACCAACUACAACCAUAACAAAACCAACUACAACAAUAACUAAACUAACAACAUCUACAACCACACCAACUACAACCAAACCAACAACAACUACAAUGAAAUCAACUGCAACAACAAUAAAACCAACUACAAUGACAAAUAAAUCGACAACAACUUUAGCCAAACCAAACACAACUGCAACUAAACUAACAACAACUACAAUCAUACCAACUACAACCAAAACAACAACUACAACAAAACAAACAACAACUUCAGUCAAACCAACUACAACCACAAGAAAACCAGCUACUACAAUUCCAACUACAACUACAGCUAAACUAACAACAGCUAGAACCAUACCAACUACAACCAAACCAACAACAACUACAAUGAAGCCAACAACAACUACAGUCAAACCAACUACAACCAAAACAAAACCAACUACAGCAAUACCAACCACAACUACAGCAUCAACUAAACUAACAACAACUACAACCAUACUAAUUACAACAAAACCAACAACAACUACAAUAAAACCAACAACAACUACAGUCAAACCAACUACAACCAAAACAAAACCAUCUACAACAAUACCAACUACAACAAUAACUACAAUGAAACCACCAACAACUACAGUCAAACCAACUACAACCACAACAAAACCAACUACAACAAUAACUAAACUAACAACAACUACACCACCACCAACUACAACCAAACCAACAACAACUACAAUGAAAUCAACUACAACAACAAUAAAACCAACUACAAUGACAACUAAAUCGACAACAACUUUAGCCAAACCAAACACAACAACCACAACUAAACUAACAAAGACUACAACCAUACCAACUACAACCAAACCAAAAACAACUACAAUGAAGGCAACAACAACUACAGUCAAACCAACUACAACCAAAACAAAACCAUCUACAACAAUACCAACUACAACAAUAACUACAAUGAAACCACCAACAACUACAAAAAAUAUGCUGCAUCAAAUUUUGUUUUAA